UUUGAAUUGUUAUUCAGUGUACCAGAUGAUAAUGAUCCAGCAAUCCUCGUGGUCAAAGGUUUAAUAGAAAGUUACCCUAAGGUGGAUGCAAAACUUUUCAUAGGUCUCAAAACUGUUGGUCCCAAUGGAAAAAUUAACAACAUGGUCCAUCCUUAUGAGGCGGCCAAAUAUGAUCAUAUUGUGAUCUCAGAUUCAGGAAUCAUGAUGACCCCCACCAGUCUGCAUGAGAUGGUUCACUGCCUGAAGCCGGAUGUGGGGCUUGUGUUACAGAUGCCAUAUUGUGCUACCAGAAAGGGAUUUGGUGCAGUCUAUCAGCAGGUGUACUUUGGGACAAUGCAAGCAAGGAAUUGCCUCAGUGCCAAUGCUGUCAACAUUAACUGUUCCACUGGCAUGUCCAGCUUGUUACGUCGCAGUGUUCUGGAUGUUGCCGGGGGACUUCAGAGCUUUGGGAAAUAUCUGGCUGAGGAUCAUUUUAUAGCUGAAGCUGUACGGUCUCAGGGUUAUAAAGUUGUGCUUGCAUCAACACCAGCUUUACAGAAUUCAGGCAACUGUUCUAUAGAAGAGUUCCACCAGAGGAUGAUCAGGUGGGCACAACUCAGAGUAUCGAUGGUGCCUUCUCUCAUCCUUUUUGAACCCUUUGGAGAGAGCAUCUUACUAGGAUUAAUAACUUCAGCAUCUUUCUACUUUCUGUUUGGCAUCUCUCCCUUGGCAUUCCUGUUGGGACACAUGCUGGUCUGGUUUCUGAGUGAUUACAUUUUGUUUAGGAUUGUUGAGAAUGGACCUCUCCCCUUUUCAAAGUUUGAAUUUCUGGUGGCAUGGCUGUUUCGAGAAGUGCUAUCUCCUUACAUCAUUCUGCGCUGUCAUCUCCAAGAUCAUGUCAUCUGGCGGAACAACAAGUAUCAACUUCACUGGGGUGGACAAGUGGAGUUGAAGAACUCAAAGUUAGAAGUGGUGGAUGUGUCGGCAUGA